AUGGGCUCUCCCAACCGCGCGUCACCAAAGGAGCGGACGCCAUCGACGGCAAGCAGCCCCCAACAACGAGCGACAACGGAGGCGGACCACGCGCCGGCGCCGGAGCCGCCGUGGCUGGCCGAGGAGGAGCCACCCAUUGAGGCGGCGGCGAGCGGCGACGUGAGCGACGACGAGUUUGUGGCCAACAGCGUCGACUCGGACCUGGUGAGCGUGAGCUCGAGCGUGUACGCGCACACGUACGAGCGCGGGCGGCGCUACCAGUCCUUCAAGAACAGCCGCUACCCGAUCCCCAACGACGACAUGGAGCAGUCGCGCGAGGACAUGAAGCAUGUCAUGCUCAUGGAGCUGACGGACGGCAAGCUGUUCUUUGCCCCGACGGGGAAGAAUCCGCAAAAGAUUGUCGAUAUUGGGACGGGUACAGGAAUAUGGGCUAUUGAAACUGGUGAUGCGUAUCCGAGUGCGUCUGUUAUCGGUAUUGACUUGACGCCGAUACAGCCGCUUUGGGUCCCUCCGAAUGUGGAAUUCAUCGUCGACGACUGCGAAAGGGACUGGUUGCUGGACAAUGUCGACCUGGCGCAUUUCCGCUUCAUGGCCAUGAUUCUCAAGGACGUGCCUCUUGUGAUGCAGCACGCGUACGACGUUUUACCAGCACACGCCUCAAAGUCCACAACUUUGCUUACACUCGACGGCAGGAGUCUUCGCCCCGGGGGCUGGAUCGAGUUCCAAGAGCUGCUCGGGCGUCCGCUCUGCGACGACGGCACGAUGCGGCCCGACGACCCGUUCAAGGUGCUGUACGAGAUUGCGGGCGACGCGUACGCGCGGCUGGGGCUCAGCACGGCGCUGCCGGCCGAGCUGGAGCCGAUGCUGCUGGCGGCCGGCUUCGACAACGUGCACUGCAAGGUCAUCAAGGUGCCCAUCGGCACCUGGGCCAAGGACAAGACGAUGCGCCUCGUCGGCCUCUACCAGAAGACGGCCGUCACCGACUUCAUCUCGACGCUCGCCGGCCGCCCGUUCAGGGCCCUCGGGCUCUCCGAGGAGGAGGCCCAGGUGCGCCUGGCGCUGGCGAGGCAGGCGCUCAACGACCCGCGCGUGCAUAGGUAUUUUAAUUAUUAUUACUGGUAUGCGCAGAAGCCGGAGCCGGGGGAGGAGCAGGAGCUCGAGGAGGAGGACGGCGACUAG